AUGAGUACAGAAAUUGAUAUAAAUAAGCUUAAAGCAGAAAUAAAAAAUGACAAAUAAAGAAGAUUAAUUCUCUUUGGAAUAUUUGCUACUGGGUUGAUUGGUCUAUAUGUUCUAGUGCAUUUUUCUCCACAUUUAACAUAGUAAACAGAUUUAUAUAUCAAUAGAGAAGAGAGAAAGAUUGUUUAUAGAAUUCCUAAAUAUCCUCAUCAUAUAGCAGAAUUGUUAAAUGUAAUAAAUAGAUAUGCAGAAAAUAAUUAAUUCUACGUUUUAUUUGCCUUUAUUUACCUAUAUGUAUUUAUGCAAAGUUUUGCCAUUCCUGGACCUGUAUUUUUGAGUUUGCUUUCAGGUAAUAAAAUUAUUUUAUUCUUAAAGGAUAAUUGUUUGGUCCAAUUCCAGCAUUUCUAUUGGUGUGUUUAUGUGCUACAACUGGUGCCAGUUUAUGUUAUGGAUUAUCUUAUUCAUUGGCAAGAGGGUUAGUAUUAAAUAGAUUUCCCAAUCAAAUUGUGAAUUUCAAUAAAAAGAUUCAUUAGAAUAGAGAUAAUCUAUUUUUUUAUAUGUUGUUUUUGAGAUUCACUCCAUUGAUUCCUAAUGUAUCAAUUAAUGUUUCAGGACCUAUUGUAGGUCUUCCCUUUAAAUAUUUCUUCUUUGGCACUUUAUUUGGUAAUUCAUUAUGUAAAAAUUAGGAUUAAUGCCAGGAAAUAUCAUUCAUAUUAGAACAGGAUUAUUAAUUUAAGAGCUCAAUGAUUUUUCUACUAGUUAUUAAGUAAACUAUUAAAAUAAUUAUUAAUUAGGCUAUAUUAACAUUAGUAGGUUUGUCUUUGAUUGCUCUUUUGCCUACAUUCUUUAAAAAGAAGUUACAAGAAUUAGAUGAAAAGGGAUUAAAUAAAUCAAAAUAAGAAUGA